AAGUUUCCAUCAACAGCGGCCAUUUUGGUAGAUUUCGCACCGUCUUAUUUCAGGUUUUCUAUUCAAUUUUCUACAAUUCCUGUGGUCAGAUGCCGCCUGUUUUCGCCAGAGAAGUUUAUAAAGACUCAAUAGAGAUAUAUAGAGGCGAAAACGGCAGAGUGUUCUUCUCAGUGUGGAAGACAAUAGUCGUCAUGUGAGAUGGUAAAAGAUUUGUGCGCGUCAGAUUCACGAUGCGGACUCAGGGUUUUAAUUUUAUUUAUUGUGCCUGUCAGUAUGACUUCUGGCGGUCGGAAGUUAAAAUAUAGUGAAUUUUCUGUUUAUUAAGUUCAAGUAAGUGGUAUUCGUACCAUAUAUUGUGAGGUUUUGAGGCGAAAUUCGCCUUGGUUUUUCGGGAACCAAAACAAACAUGGCCGACCACAUCGGGGACGCUCCACCAAACAAACGUCAAAAACUCUCUCCCGGUCUUCCAUCAGCCGCAAAUGAUCCAUUCGAAAGUUUGCUGGGAGAGAUCUACAUGGGUGCACCGGCUGUAAAUAGUGGGGGCAACAUGGUCCAGAGCCUGCCAAAUGGCUCGCUAGACGGAUCGCACUUAUCCCUAGCCACGGAUAACUCGUCGCUGACCAGGCUGCUGCAGAGCAAAGCGGGGCCCGUCAACGUGAACCGCGCCAACAGCAGUCCACAGACAAACCACGUUCCGAGUCCCGGCGGCGGGCCCGGCGCAGGCGGCGCCCUCGCGCAGCACGCCGGCAACGUGCAGCACAGUCCCGCCAACAGCCUCGCGUCACCACCCAACGUGGCGCUCAAGUCGCUGCCGACCUCGAGCACCCCGCACCUGAACGACGUCGCAUCGUCACACAGCGCGUCGAACGCCGUCUACUCGAGCGGCAGCGCGCCGACGGGCGGCGGCGUCUACUCGGUGGCGAGCAACGCCGGCGCGUCGAAAGCGGGCGGCGGCGGGGUGAAUCCGAACCAAGUGCAAUUCUCGAACCAGCUGAUGAACGGACUGCAUGUGAACACAAGCCCCGGCCCGACGCUGACGCGGAACAGCGUAUCGGUCGGCGGCGCCGGCGGUGGUCCCGGCGGCGGCGGCCUCGUUCACGGUGGGAUGAUGCAGCAGCAGCAGUCGGUGACGGGCGCGCCGCUGUCAAUAGGCCAGUCGCUGCCGCAGAUGAACUCGAUGCAGACGGCGCACGCGCUUCCGCAGACGGGGGCCGGCGCCGCCGCGCACAUGCUCGCUAUGAACAACUCGCAGGCUCCCGGCCAGGCGCAGAUACGCUCGCAGCUGGUGAACAGCUCGCUGGCACCAACGAAUCCCACCGUCACCUACAGCAACGCGAGCUCAUAUAGUCUGUACAACUCCGUGGUGUCGUCGCUGACGGGCCCCUCGCCUUCUUCACAGUCGUCGGUGACGACGGUUGCGGGAAACCGACCCACGAUGGCGCCACCCGCACAGGCGCAGGUAGCGGGAGGCCUGCAAGCUACUGUUCCCGGAGCGAUACAGGGACAAUCUCAGAGGCAGGCCGCCCCGACGGGGUCCGGUCCGACGACGGACCCGGAGAAGCGGAAGCUCAUCCAGCAGCAGCUGGUGCUGCUGCUGCACGCGCACAAGUGCCAGCGGCGCGAGCAGCAGGCACCGAACGGGGAGACGCGCGUCUGCAACCUGCCGCACUGCAAGACGAUGAAGGACGUGCUGAACCACAUGACGACCUGUCAGGCGGGAAGGUCGUGUCAAGUUCCGCACUGCGCGUCCUCGAGGCAGAUCAUCAGCCACUGGAAGAACUGCACGCGCACCGACUGCCCCGUGUGCCUGCCGCUGAAGAACGCGCAGGACAAGCGGCCGAACCAGCAGGCUGGCGGCAGCGGGGGCGGCAGCGGGGGUGGCGGCGGCGGCGGCGCGGGGGCGCUACCGCAGCAGCUCGUUGCUCUCGCCCACGCCACGCAGCUCAGCGGCGGCACCCCCGCCCAGCAGCAGCAGCAGCAGCAGCAGCAGAUCUCGGCCAUACAGGUUAACCAGCCAGGUACGGCGAUACCUCCUGGAGCGCAGAGCCUCCCUAGCAACCAGGUGAUGCCACCGCAGCAGGCACUGAUGUCGACAGCAAGCAACAUGACAAACUUUGUUCAGGCUUCCAGUGCCUCGGUCACCAUGGCUCCGUCGCGGCCCCCGAUGCCACCGCAGCAACCUGUCGUAUACGUUCGUAACAGAGUCCUACGGAUCGGGAAUGUUCCGGAGAGGUCGGCCAAGCACUCCCGACAGUUGGGUUUGACGAGGCAGGUGGCGCCGGCACAGGUGGCGCAGCGGUUCCAGCUGCGGGCGGGGACGGCCGUGCCCGUGCCCGUGCCGGGCGCCGUGCAGCCGACGACGACACCGGCGAUGCACACGGAGCUGUGGAAGCAGCUGGCCCAGUCGCAGGCGAACCAGAUUUCGGGCGGUCGGCCGCCGCUGCCAGGAAAACCGCACCUGACCGCUGUGCAAUCGCUGUCCGGCCUGAAGCAGCUGGCCACGGGCACGCCGCCGCUGUCCACCGGUGCUCCGCUGCCGCCGCCGCCGCCGCAGCUUCCACCGAACACGCCGCAGUUGCCGGGCGGGGCGCAGCCGAUGUCGUCCGGAGCGCAGCCACAGCUAGUCGCCAGCCAGCCCCCGCUGCUGACGCAGCAGCAGCAGCAGCAGAUCCUGAGCCAGCCGCCGCAGCAGUCCGGCUUCCAGCCGAAGAUCGUGCAGCCGCCGGCGACGACACCAAAGGAGUGGCACGCGAGCGUGACACCGAACCUGCGCAGCCACUUGGUGCAGAAGCUUGUGCAUGCCAUAUUUCCUGCACCUGAUCCAAAUGCCUACCAUGACAAGAGAAUGGUAAAUCUAGUCAAAUAUGCACAAAAAGUUGAGGCUGACAUGUACGAGACUGCCAAAAGUAGGGAGGAGUAUUAUCAACUGUUGGCUGAGAAGAUCUACAAGAUCCAGAAGGAAUUGGAGGAGAAGUGGAAGAACCGCGCGCGGGUGGGCCAGGUUCCCGGCCAGCCGCCGCCGCCGCUGCCGCCGUCCAACCCGCAGCUAGUCAGACAGACACUCACAAACGGUCCGAUCGACGGUGCGGACGCGGUGGCGCCCGGCGGCGCGGGAGCGGGCGGAGGCGGGCAGCGCAUGCCGCAGCCGUCGAUGAGCCCUGUCCUGCCCUACAGCAUGGGCCCGUCGCAGCCGCUGAUGUCCCCCGCAAGCAUCGCCAGCAACCUGAUGUCGCUGACCGGGGCCAUGAGUCCGUCGAACAACCAGCAGGUUAAUUCGCAGAUGCCGGGAGUCGUGACCAACCUACCGCCAACCAGUAUAGGACAGCUUCAGCAGUCACAGUUGCAAACCAGACUUCAGUUUGACAAGGUGGAGGCAGCAGUACAGCUGCAGCAGCAGUUGGCAGCAGCAGGGCAAGGCAAGUUACAGUGCAAACGUGUCCGCUGUGCCCAACGCACAGGCCGCAAGGCGUGCAAUGGCCGGCGCGACCGUGGGCCGUUCCUGUAUCCACCAGCGCACUUCUCCCCCAGAAGGUGUGCCACCUGCUUGAAUGAUGCUCAAACUGUCGUUACGACUGCAGAUGUUGUUCUGACGUCAUCUGAUCAUCGUCUGUGGCAGCCUUUGGAAAAGGGUCUUGAAAUCGACUACAACGACAUCGUCAAGAAUCCGAUGGACCUGCAGACGAUCAAGACGAAGCUGGAUACGGGUCAGUACCAGGACCCGUGGCAGUACGUCGACGACGUGCUGCUCAUGUUCGACAACGCGUGGCUCUACAACCGCAAGACGUCGCGCGUCUACAGAUACUGCUCCAAGCUCGCGGAGGUGUUCGAGCAGGAGAUCGACCCGGUCAUGCAGAGCCUCGGCUACUGCUGCGGUAGGAAGUGGGUCUUCCAGCCGCAGCCGCUCUUCUGUUACGGCAAGAACCUGUGUGCGAUCCCGCGCGACGCCACCUACUGGAGCUAUCACAACAGAUAUGUCUACUGCCAGAGAUGCUUCUCGGAGCUGCCCGGCGACUCGGUCACGCUCAGCGACGACCCGUCCGCGCCUCCGUCAGCCGUCAGAAAGACGUCGUUCCAAGAGGUCAGAAAUGACCAAUUGGAGUACGAACCUUUCGUGGAAUGUCUUGACUGCGGAAGAAAGCUGCAUCAGAUCUGCAUGCUGCACUUCCAGCAGAUAUGGAGCGAAGGGUUUGUGUGCACCGGAUGUUUGAAGGCUUCGGGCAAGACAAGGAAGGAGAACAAGUACUCUGCCAAACGCAUUCCCUCUACUCGUCUCGCGACAUUCCUGGAGAACAGGGUGAACAACUUCCUGCGAAAGAGGGACUGCGGCGCGGGCGAGGUCAUCAUACGCAUGGUGUCCGUUGUCGACAAGUUCGUCGAGGUCAAGCCGGGAAUGCGGUCGAGAUUCUGCGACGAGGGAUUCCCGGAGACGAUCCCCUACCGCUCCAAGUGUCUGUUUGCGUUUGAGGAGAUCGACGGAGUGGAAGUCUGCUUCUUCGGCAUGCACGUGCAGGAGUACGGCUCUGACAGCGCUGCCCCCAACUCCAGGCGAGUUUACCUGUCGUACCUGGACAGUGUGCACUUCUUCAAACCACGGGAGUACCGCACGGACGUCUACCAUGAAAUUCUCAUAGGAUACCUGGACUGGUGCAAACAGCUAGGGUAUGUGUGGGCUCACAUAUGGGCGUGUCCACCCAGUGAAGGCGACGACUAUAUAUUUCACUGCCACCCGCCCGAACAGAAGAUUCCAAAGCCCAAACGUCUGCAGGAAUGGUACAAGAAAAUGUUGGAUAAAGGCACGAUUGAACGGGUUGUGAUCGACUACAAGGACAUUCUGAAGGACGCGAUGGAGCAGAACCUGACGUCUCCGACGCAGCUCGCCUACUUCGAGGGCGACUUCUGGCCGAACGUGCUUGAGGAGAGCAUCAAGGAGCUGGAGCAGGAGGAGGAGGAGAAGCGCAAGCGUGAGGCUGAGGAAGCCGCGGAGCUGGCGGCCGCCGCCGCGCAGUCGACGGAGAACGGGGAUGCCGCCGACGGAGAGUGCUCGGGAGACGGAAUGGGGUGCGUCUUUGCUCCACUGCAGAGCGGAGGAGGAGGAGGUGCAGACAGCAAGAAGAAGGGUAAGAAGAAGUCGAACAAGAAGGCCAGCCAGAGAAAGACGAGCAAGAAGGUGAAUCCUCCCCAGACUGGAUGCGAUCUGUCAUCCAAAAUCUUUGCCACGAUGGAAAAGCAUAAAGAGGUGUUCUUCGUGAUCCGGCUGCAGCCUCACCACAUCGUCGCGACGCUCGGCCCCGUCAACGACCCGGACCCGCUCAUCUCGUGCGACCUCAUGGACGGCCGCGACGCCUUCCUCACGCUCGCGCGCGAGAAGCACUACGAGUUCUCGUCGCUGCGCCGCGCCAAGUUCUCUUCGAUCGCGAUGCUCUACGAGCUGCACAACCAGGGCCAGGACAAGUUCGUCUACACGUGCAACAACUGCAAGAUGCACGUCGAGACGCGCUGGCACUGCACCGUCUGCGAGGACUACGACCUGUGCAACAGUUGCUACGAGAAGCUCGGCCACAUCCACCGCAUGGAGAAGCUCGGCUGGGACCUCGACGACGGCGGCAGCGCCGCGGACAAGAACAGCAACCCGACCGAGUCUCGGCACCAGUCGAUCAAGCGCUGCAUCGAGUCGCUCGUGCACGCGUGCCAGUGCCGCGACGCCAACUGCCGGCUGCCGAGCUGCAAGAAGAUGACGCGCGUCGUGCAGCACGCUAAGCAGUGCAAGCGCAAGGCGCAGGGCGCGUGCCCGAUCUGCAAGCAGCUGAUCGCGCUGUGCUGCUACCACGCGAAGCAGUGCCGCGAGCUGCGCUGCCCCGUGCCGUUCUGCCUCAACAUCAAGCAGAAGCUGAAGCAGCAGCAGCAGCAGCAGCGCAUGCAGCAGGAGCAACUGAUGCGGCGACGCAUGGCGGCGAUGUCGCAGCUUAGCAACAGCGCUCCGUCGAUACCGUCGACGCCGCACCACACGCCGACGCCGUCACAGCCUCCGACGCCGCAGCCGGCGACCGCGCAGCACCACUACCAGGGCACGGGCAUGAAGCCGGGGAUGAACGACGGUGGCAAGGGCGGCGCCGCGCCCAUCGGCGCUCUGCAGGCGGCACAUCAGAUCCAAGCUCAGGCGGCGCGACAGCAGGUCUCCACUCCGCCGGCCAGCUACGGGGGAAAGGGGGGCGCGCCCGGCGGAGCCAUCGCUGCAGGCAUGAUGCCACCGCCGCCCCAGCAGCAGCAGCAGCAGCCUCCAUCACCGCAGCAGCAGCAGCAGAUGCAGCAGGGUCAGCGGCAGCAGACGCAGCAAGCCCUGCAGCAGCUGCUCGCGAAGCUGAAGUCGCAGCCGUCGCACGAGCAGCAGUCGCAGGUGCUCAACAUCCUCAAGUCGAAUCCGCAGCUGAUGGCCGCGUUCAUAAAGCAGAGAACUGCGCAGCAGCAGCAGCAGCAACAACAGCAGCAGCAGCAGCAGCAGCAGCAACAGCAGCAGCAACCACCCCAGCAGCAGCAGCAACAGCAGCAGCAGAUGAUGCCAGGGGGAAUGCCUGGGGUGCCACCACAGAUGCAGCUGCAGAUGCAGCAGGGCCAGAACACUCCUAAGCAGCAGCAGCAGCAGCAGCAGCAGCAGGCCACCCAGCAACAACUCGUGCAGCAGCAGUGGCUACGCCAGCAGCAGCAGCAGCAACAGCAGCAGCAGCAGCAGCGUCAGCACCUGCCCCCGGGACAACAACAGCAGCAGCAGCAGCACCAGUUCCAGCAUCCGCCGGCGCCGCCCUACCCGCAGCAGCAGCAGCGGCAGCCGCUGGGUUUCGCGCCGGGCUACCAGCCCGUGGACGGCGGCAUGCCGCGCGCGGCCGUGCAGCAGUUCACGCAGCAGCAGCUCAUGCAGAUGCAGCAGCAGCAGCAGCGGCCCAUGUCUCCGCAGCAGCUCAUGUUGCUGCAGCAGCAGCAACGGCCUAUGUCGCCGCAGCAGCUGAUGGCGGCGGCGGCCGCGCAGCAGCAGCAGCACGCGGGCGCCGCGCUGGCCUCCCCGCAGCAGAUGCUGCACCAGGUGCGCUCGCCGCCGCCCAACACGCCGCUGACCGGCCGCUCCCCGCAGCCCGUGCCGUCGCCGCGGCAACGACCGAUGCCGUCGCCGUCGCCGCGGCAGCACGCGAUGCCGUCGCCGCACCAUCCCGCACAGACACAUUCCCCGCACCCGGCCGGCAUGAUGACGCCGGACCACCAGAUGAACUCCGACGUGAUGUUGUCGCAGAUGGCGCCGGCGUCGCGGCCGCUGCAGAGCCCCGGAAAUCAGGACAUGGGCUCGAUGGACAAUGACCUAAACACCUACAACACGCCACAGGACCAGCUGUCGCGGUUCGCCGACAACUUGUAGCAGCAGCAGCAGCCGCCGUGUAAUUAGUAGCAUAGAGAGCAUAUAAUAAUAUAAAUGGUUUGUUACCUGUAAAAUAAGUGAAGUAAUAAUAUUGUAACUAUUUUCCUUUUUCAGAUAUAUUACGCGCAUUUUGAGAUAAAUGACGAUAAUAGAGAGAAGUUUUAUUAUGACGAAUGAAAUAUUUUAUACAGAGCUCAGCGAGCAGCCGUGAAACAGCCAAUGUUUGCGUUAGUAAUUUAAGAAGUACGUACGAUGACGUGGGUUUGAAUCCUUUUUCUAAAAGUGGAUGGAAAAACCCAGAAAUGUAAAAAGUGAACGUGUCCGCUAUAAUUUGUAUAGGUAGCAUCAAUGGUGAACUCUUUCACGUAAAUUAAUUUUCGUUCUUCGAUUAGCUUCUAGUUGGGUGUAGAUAGGCAUGGAUAAUUAUUAUAUAUUGAAAGGUGUAAAGUUUUAUAAUGAACAUCCCUGAAAUUGCCCCAUCCCCCUGCAUCAUAAUACUUUAGUGUGUAGGAGAAAAACGAUCAUGCUAUAUAGUGUCAGUGAUAUCUCUGCGGUUGUUGCCACAUCAUGAAGUCUAGCAGAUCUUGUUGUUGUGCAGAGAUCGCACACUGUAAUCUUGUUUCGUACUUAUUCCUAAUCCGUUGUCUGAAAAUAAAUGUGUGCACUUUUGCAAAUUUUA